GGAACUGUGUCUUCUUCCGUGUUUACCUGUAGAGCUUUGGGAGUUUCUCAUGGAGUUUCUCUAAUGGGCGUUGUUAGUGUUUCUGAAUUGAACGCGUGUUACAAACAAAGCUGUUUAUUUGUGACGUUGUGUGGAUUAUAGUUAUAGAGUAGAAAGGGAAAGGGAAAAUGAGUUUAACCUAAAUAAAAGGCACUUAAAGUUUUGUUUUCCUGAAAGUUACCUGAGGUCGAUCACGAUGGGAUGUUGUAACAGCACCGAGAGUAAACGUGACUGGAAACCGCUGGAGGAGCACAGCUGCACGGACAUCCCAUGGCUCAUCAUAUUCAUACUGUUUGGGAUUGGCAUGUUGUGCAUUUGUGCCUUUCCCAUCGCCACAGGAGCUGCCUCCAGGCUUCUCUCAGGAUAUGACAGUUAUGGCAACACCUGUGGCAAGAAUAACACCAAGAUCGAAGGAGUACCCCUCAGCGGCCGGGACAUGAAGGAAAACAAGUAUGUUUUCUUUCUAGAACCUUGCAACCUUGACUUAAUUAACAGGAAGAUCAAGUCCAUCGCCCUGUGUGUCUCCAAAUGUCCUGCUGCUGAACUGAAGACUCACAGUGAUUUAAAGCAGUUUGCUCUGAGUAAUGGGUCUCAUCUCUGCUCCUAUGAUAUUUCUCCCACAAAAUACACAAGCUCUUCAGAGAGAUACACUAAAUGCCCCAAACUCCCUGUUCCACCGAGUAAGUCCAUCCCACUGUUACACCGCUGUAUUCCUGUGGAUGUCGGCUGCUACGCUGAAUUCGCCCAGGCGUUCGUCACAUUCGUCAGUGACAACAGCGUGCUGCGGCGGCUCGUCGCCGGGGUGAUGGCCAGCAAGGAGAUCAUCAUGGGCCUUUGUGUGCUGGCUUUAGCUCUGUCCCUGAUCAUGAUGGUUGUCAUUCGUUACAUCUCCAAAGUGCUGGUGUGGAUUCUAACGGUCCUGGUAAUCAUCGGCUCUUUAGGUGGGACGGGCGUCCUCUGGUGGCUCUAUGCGGACCACAGAAAAGCCCUCGACAGUGACACCUUAUCGGUUUUUGGGAAAGAAGUGGCCUCAGACAACGUCACGGCCCUGCUUGUGUAUGCAAUUAUUGCUACAGUUUUCACUGUGGUUCUCCUGCUGGUGAUGUUCUUCAUGAGGAAGCGUGUGGCUCUCACCAUUUCCCUGUUCCACGUGGCCGGUAAAGUGUUCACCCACCUUCCCCUGCUGGCCCUGCAGCCUUUCUGGACCUUCCUCUGCCUCAUGCUCUUCUGGGUCUACUGGAUCGCUGUGUUUCUCUCUCUCGGGACUACAGGGACGCCGGUAAAGAACAACGUUACGGGUGUGGUUGAAUAUCAAAUGCAAGGGCCUCUUCAGUACAUGGUGUGGUAUCACGCUGUGGGUCUCAUCUGGGUCAGUGAGUUCAUACUGGCCUUCCAGCAGAUGACCAUCGCCGGAGCUGUGGUCACCUACUACUUCACAAGGAAUAAGUCCCAGUUGCCAGCACUUCCCAUCCUCUCCGCCAUGGCACGUACCAUCCGCUACCAUCUGGGUACUCUGGCCAAAGGCUCCUUCAUCAUCACGCUUGUUAAGAUCCCUCGUCUCAUUCUAACGUACAUCCACAGCCAGCUCAAAGGAAAGGAAAACGCCUGUGCUCGUUGCAUGCUGAAAGCUUGCGUCUGCUGUCUGUGGUGUCUGGAGAAGUGCCUCGCAUACUUAAAUCAAAACGCUUACACUGCGACAGCCAUCAACAGCACCAGUUUCUGCACCUCAGCCCGUGAAGCUUUCAUCAUCCUGGUGGAGAACGCCCUCCGAGUGGCCGCCAUCAACACUGUGGGCGACUUUGUCCUCUUCUUGGCAAAGGUGCUUGUAGUCUCCUGUACAGCCUUCGCCGGCAUCCUGGCUCUGAACUACCAGAGGGACUACACCGUGUGGGUCCUGCCUCUCCUCAUCGUCUGUCUGUUUGCCUACCUGGUGGCUCACUGCUUCCUCUCUGUCUUUGAGAUCGUGGUCGACGUUCUCUUCCUCUGCUUUGCCAUUGACACAAAGUACAAUGAUGGAAGCCCCGGACGCGAGUUCUACAUGGAUAAGGCCUUAAUGGAAUAUGUUGAGAACAGUAAGAAAAUGGGUUCGUACAAGCCUGGUGAUGGAGAUGGAAAGGAGAUGAAGUCCAUGGCACGUGGGACUUCUGCUUGACCAGGUGUCAGAAAAACAGCCAAAACUACUAAAAUAAAUACUGAGAAUUUACCAACAUUUCACUCCAGGGACAUCAGGAAGAUGCAUUUUAUACUGAAGUUACACAGUUUCAGCUAAAGAUGCAUUGGGUUUUAUUUUUUAUUUUUGAGGGAGAGAGGGAAAUUUAAAGUUUGACACUAAUAGCUGUAAUAAUGUGUGUGUUUUUUAUUAAUAAGAUAGGUUUGCUUUUUUUUUUGUCUUUUUCACAAAUAACUGAGUUUUCUCUUUUUAUUCCAUUUUAAAUAAUCUGAACGAUUUGACAUGGUUUAACAUGUUUGGUUUUCCUUGUUACAUAGUUUGAAUGGUUCGGUGUACAUUUUGAAAUGGAUAGCUAACUGUGUUUUGUCAAAGGCUGUUCGAGUUGUAAAUUAGAUUUUAUACUUGAAUAAAUUAAAACACAAAGUCGUAA